UUUUCUACAUUUUAUAAAAAAAUAAGCGAACACAGUCCAAUGGAUCUCGAAGUUCAGUUUGCAGUUAACUUCUUAAUCGGCUACCUAGUGAACAAGCUCCCAAGACGCAGAGUGCAGCUUUUUCAUGAAGAGCUUGUUAAAAGACUGACGAAGAAAUUCGAAGGCCAUUGGUACCCCGAAAAACCUUGUAAAGGAAGUGGAUAUCGUUGCCUCCUUAUUACUGAUAGCUUAGAUCCUGUGCUUAGUUCUGCUGCAAAGGAAAGUGGGCUUAACGUGAAAGAUGUAAAGGCCAAUUUACCAGAAAAACUUUGUUUAUGGAUUGACCCGCAAGAAGUCUCUUUCAGAAUCGGUGAGUUCAAUGAUGAUUUAAAGGACGUAUAAAGUAGUGCUGUGCAGUAAAGCAAUUAGUUUCUCAGUAGUUAGUCGUCAAUAUUUUCUUUGUUUUUUUCGUUUUGCUAUUCGAGAAUGCCCUGAAAGCGAUCGAUCGAACGAUACGGCCGAGUGAAUGUAAGUUUCAUCAUCACGUACGCUUUCGCUGCCUGCGUAAGCAGACAUCACACACGUCCCAACUCGAUUUGCUUGGUUGGCAUAUUUUUCGAAAGUCAUUUAUUUUCUUCUUACUAAAUCUGAGACCCUGGUAGGAAUUAAAUUUCAGUUUUAGUGGGUAAUCCAUGUUUUCUUUUGUUUAGCCUAACUUCCACUCUCUUCCUUCCGAAGACCAUCUGUAUCGGGAAAUGUCUCGAAGGUUGUGUAUGAAUAUCUAAUGUUUCCUUUAUUUGUCCUCUCGUCAGGUGAACAAGGGGCUGUAAAGACGAUAUACAAGGCAGAAAAGAAACCUGAAGAAAUUUGCGAAGAAACCGCUCGUUGGGUCAACCUUCUAAAUGGCCACAACAGUGGAGUAUCGAACAAUAUCAGUCCUGUUCCAUUUCGAUCUCAGAGUCCCCCGAGAUUAAUGGCCGACCGUUCCUCUCCAGUGUUCUCGUCCUCAUCAAGUUCUUCAUCUUCAUGUUCUUCUUACAACUCCCCAUUUACGUACAGUAGCUGGAGCGCAGCUGACGAAUCUUCCCUCUACAAAUACCGUGCGAAGAGAGCUUCUCCUACGCCAUUAUCAGCGAACGCGAAAGAGUUCAUCUACCGUUCAUCGAGGGAAAGCUUCCCUCUUGGCGCACCGCAAGGCAAGAGUGGGCUGGAAACCACUAGAGGUGCCUUACUUUCUUCUUCAUUUCUUGACUGGCUUAAUUACAGUGAAUUUGGAAAUUUCAAUACGGCAGCCCAGUUACCGAUAUUGGCUUGA